GUGGAACUACAAGUCCCAGCAAGUAUCCCAGGAGCAGGGGAAAGCAGCUCUGUAUGCCUACACCAGAGACAUUGGUGUACAUUGUGCAUGUCAGGGCUGUCAGUGUCAAUGGCCAUCUGUCACCAGGGUGCAUCUGACUUAUGCAUGAGAACCUACCUACACAGGUACCUGCUUCCCUCUGCCACCAUGUCUACUCUCUACCUGCCCCUUUCUUCUACCUCAGACCCACGUUGCAUCUGGGUGCGGGUUUCUGGACAGUUCUCCCCUCACCCCCGCCCCGAGGUGCAUGAGGUCGCCACUGGGCCCCGUGGGCUCCCGCUGCCGUGCUUGCUAUCUCCCUCCACUGGCUCCGUAUGGGGAGCUUGGGCUGUCUCUUACAUGCUGGCCCCUGAGAGUCUCUCGGGAGAUAGGGACGCCAGAGGCUUCUCUCUCAUUAAGCAGUGGGUGAACUAUGCGGAAUCUGAAGUGCUGCCGGCUGCCUUUGGACUGGACCAUAAACAGGCGGAAGAGCGCUCUCAGUUGGAGCUGCACAGGAUACUGGAGUUGCUGGACAGCCACCUCAAAGUGCGCACAUACUUGGUGGGGGAGAGGCUUAGCAUAGCGGACAUUGCAGUCUCCUGUUGUCUCAUUCAGCCGUUCAGCAAGGUCAUCUCACCUUCCGUCAGGCAGUCUCUUCCUAAUGUCACCCGCUGGUUCCUGACUUGUGUAAACCAGCCGCAAUUUAAAGAGGUUGUGGGAACCGUGACGCUGCAAGGUACAGAUGCCAAGGUUGAUCUCAAGACCCCAGCCACAACAGAUGUUCUGCCUAGCGGUCCCCCCAAAACGGCAGCCCAGUUGAAGAAAGAAUCCAAAAAGAAAGAAAAGCUGGAGCGGUUUCAACAGAAACAGGAUAAAAUAAAGGGACAGAAUAUAGAGCAGAAAAAAACAAAGGUUGAAAAGAAGGACAAGAAAGAGCUCGGAGUGAUUGUGUACGAUAUCCCAACUCCUCCAGGGGAGAAGAAAGAUGUCUCUGGUCCCAUGCCGGAAUCUUAUAGCCCACAGUAUGUGGAAGCUGCCUGGUACCCAUGGUGGGAAAAGGAGGGAUUCUUCAAACCAGAGUACGGGAGGACCACUAUCUCCGAGCCCAGUAAGAAGGGUACGUUUAUGAUGUGUAUCCCUCCCCCAAAUGUCACUGGAUCCCUCCAUCUAGGACAUGCCCUCACCAACGCCAUCCAGGAUGGUCUGACCCGCUGGCACCGCAUGCGUGGGGAGCUGACUCUGUGGAAUCCUGGCUGUGACCACGCAGGCAUCGCUACCCAGGUGGUGGUGGAGAAGAAGCUUUGGAGAGAGCACGGCAAGACCAGACAUGAUCUGGGGAGAGAAGGUUUCAUAGAGGAGGUGUGGAAGUGGAAGAGAGAAAAAGGUGACCGGAUCUAUCACCAGCUGAGGAUUCUAGGUAGCUCACUGGAUUGGGACCGAGCCUGUUUCACUAUGGAACCGAAACUGUCAGAAGCUGUGCAGGAAGCCUUCAUCCGCCUGCACGAAGCUGGGGUGAUCUAUCGCAGCAAGCGCCUCGUCAACUGGUCCUGCACUCUUAACUCAGCCAUAUCCGACAUUGAGGUGGACAAGAAGGAGGUGACCGCUCACACCGUGCUGCCUGUGCCUGGAUACAAAGAGGGUGUGGAGUUUGGAGUUCUGGUCUCAUUUGCUUAUAAAGUACAAGAUACAGGUGAGGAGGUUGUGGUGGCCACAACUCGAGUAGAGACCAUGCUGGGGGAUACGGCAGUGGCUGUACAUCCUCAGGACCAACGCUAUCAGCACUUAAAAGGGAAGCACGUGGUUCACCCGUUCUCCUCCCGACUUCUGCCCAUUGUCUUCGAUGAGUUUGUGGAUAUGAGUUUUGGGACAGGAGCCGUGAAGAUCACGCCUGCCCACGACCAAACAGAUUAUGAGGUUGGGAUGCGACACUCCUUGGGGUUUAUUAACAUCAUGGAUGACAAUGGGCUGCUGGUUAACGUGCCGCCUGCAUUCUUGGGGCUGAAGCGUUUUGAGGCCAGGAAAGCGGUUCUGGAGGCUCUGAAGGAGAAGGGACUGUUUAAGGAGAUAAAGGACAAUCCGAUGGUGGUUCCUGUAUGCAGCCGCUCCAAGGACAUAGUUGAGCCCCUCCUAAAGCCUCAGUGGUAUGUACGGUGUGACGAGAUGGGGAAAAGAGCUGCUGAUGCUGUGCGUGGUGGACAUCUGGCAAUCAUACCCGAAUUCCACAAUAAGACCUGGUUCAACUGGAUGGACAACAUCAGGGACUGGUGCAUUUCGCGGCAGCUCUGGUGGGGUCACCGAAUCCCAGCCUACUUUGUAACCAUUGAUGACCCAUUGGUGCCGCCUGGAGAGGACAUCGACGGCAAGUACUGGAUCAGUGGUCGCUCAGAGGAGGAGGUGAGAAAGAAGGCCGCUAAACAGUUCAACGUGGCUCCCGAGAAAGUGUCGCUCAGACGAGAUGAGGACGUGCUGGAUACCUGGUUUUCCUCCGGACUCUUUCCAUUCUCCAUCUUUGGUUGGCCCAAUGAGACUGAAGACCUGAAGGUUUUCUACCCUGGUACACUCCUGGAGACGGGCCAUGAUAUUUUAUUCUUCUGGGUGGCCCGAAUGGUGAUGCUCGGUCUUACACUGACCGGGAAACUGCCCUUCAAAGAGGUGUACCUCCACGCCAUUGUACGUGAUGCUCAUGGUCGUAAGAUGAGUAAGUCGCUGGGAAACGUCAUUGAUCCCUUGGAUGUGAUCAAAGGCAUAACGCUGGAGGGCCUGCAUGCUCAACUCCUGGAGAGUAACCUGGACCCUGCGGAGCUGGGGAGAGCCAAGGACGGGCAGAAAUCGGACUACCCUAACGGAAUUCCCGAAUGUGGAACGGAUGCCCUAAGAUUCGCCUUGUGCGCCUAUACCAGUCAGGGCCGUGAUAUUAACAUGGAUGUCAACCGGAUCCUUGGUUAUCGCCAUUUCUGCAACAAGCUCUGGAAUGCAACAAAGUUUGCCAUGAGAGGCCUGGGAGAUAAAUUUACCCCCCCUGACUCUUCACUGCCCACUGGACAGGAAAGCAUGGCGGACCUCUGGAUCCUGAGCCGCCUCAGUUUAGCCGUGGAGCUGUGUAACGCUGGCUUUCGCAGCUAUGAUUUCCCGGGGAUUACGACGGCGGUGUAUAACUUCUGGCUGUACGAUCUGUGUGACGUCUACCUAGAGUGUUUGAAGCCUGUGUUCUCCGGCUCGGAUGAAAUAGCCAUAGCGGUAGCACGGAACACUCUGUAUUCGUGUCUGGACGGCGGUCUCCGUCUUCUCUCCCCCUUCAUGCCAUUUAUCACAGAAGAGCUGUAUCAGAGACUCCCCAGACGUUCCUCCCAACAGUUCCCCAGUAUCUCUGUCACUCCUUAUCCUGAGACUACUGAGUUCCAUUGGCGAGAUGAGGAAAUUGAGAGAAAUAUGGAUCUUGCUUUGCUUAUUGUAAAGUCUAUUCGGUCUUUGCGGGCUGACUAUAACCUCACCAAGACAAAGGCUGACUGUUACGUGAGGUGUCAUGAUGAUGCUAACAAAUCCGUGGUUGCUGCUUACACCCAGUAUAUCACCGUCCUCUCUUCCUCGGGCUCUCUGGUGAUCCUACAGCCCCAGGACCCUGCCCCAGAGUGGAGCGCCGUCAACACUGCCGCUGACAAAGCCACUGUCUACCUAAUUCUCAAGGGACUAAUUGAUCCAGAGAAGGAGCUGACCAAACUGAAGGUAAAAGAGGCCGAGCUGGGAAGACAGCUAGAAAAACUGCGCGAGCGGAUGGGAGGGGAAGAUUAUCACAGCAAGGUCCCUUCUGCAGUGCAACAACAGGACUCCGACAAGAUGAAACAGCUGGACACAGAAUACCAGAAAGUGGAGGAAGCCAUGAUCAGCUUUCAGAAGAUGGUGUGAUACCUGACCCGGGAUGGUCUCAUCGGCCCAUAUUCUGCUCUAGAACUUUCUUUUUUUAAAUAAAAACAAACAAACUAAACAACCCCCAGCUGUUGAACGAGGGAGGUCACGUGUGUGAGAGCGUUGAUGCAGCACAGGCCCUGCUACAUGUAAUAAAACCUCUACAAACCAAGAAAGAAAA